GCAUUUUUGGCGAGAAACGCAGGCUCGUCGGCAAAGGGAAUUCUCAUUACUUUAUCUUUCAGCUUCAAUCGCGAGGCGAGACAAACCCUAACGAACCUAUUCAGUCUGUACACCUGAACCUUUUUCUGAGCUGGUCAUACUUGUGUAAUAUGACUCUUCAGACCUAUCAAACAAAUCGUCUGCUUGUUACAUUACCAAACACACUGUACAAGUUAGUGCCUGAUACUGUCAGCCUGUGAAGACUUAUGAGAAAAUUAAAAAAAAGAACACGAACGAGAAAGAUUUGUUGAAGUGGGUUGUGAGUGGGCGUUUGGAACUUGUUAGUCUAUUUUUCUGAAGGAGUGCAGUAAAGAUUAAUGAAACUCGAUGACUUGGUGCUCUGUCCACUGCAUUUGGAGCUGAAGAUCACGUCCCUGGAAAAUCUGGAUAAAAAGUGGUAUUGCCUGUCAAAGGAAGUGCAGAAAGGUUAAACGACAAGAAGACUUAAACAAACCUGAAACUUUCAGUCAAGCGGCUCCAUACGAUGCCUAGAUGAGAGUAUAUUUAAAAGAAGCCAACCAUCUCCAGAGCAGAGGUUGCAGCGGGAGGCUGUGGGUCUUUGUUCAGCCCAGACAUGCACAGCAGCAACCUUACCGUUACCUCUAACUACACCGAACUGCUACCGGGCAGUCAUUACAUCUUCCCCGCUCUGGUCUUCGGUAUAUUCCUAAUAGUUGUUAUAAUCUGUGGUAACUUGCUGGUGUGCCUUAGUGUGUGGACAGAAAAAGCUUUAAAAACUACAACCAACUACUUCAUAGUCAGUCUGGCAGUGGCAGACCUGCUCCUAGCUGUGCUGGUUUUACCACUAUUUGUUUACUCGGAGUUCCAGGGAGGAGUGUGGACCUUAAGCACAGUGCUUUGCGAUGUGCUGAUGACAAUGGAUGUGAUGCUAUGCACUGCCUCAAUUUUCAACCUCUGUGCAAUAAGUGUCGACCGGUUCAUUGCCGUAUCCAUUCCUCUCAACUAUAACAGAAAGCACAUCGACCAGAGACAAAUAAUUUUGCUCUCCGCCACCUGGAUUUUUGCAUUAGCCGUGGCUUCCCCCGUGAUGUUGGGGAUAAACCAUGUUCCUGACAGGGACCCGGCCUUGUGUAAGCUGGAGGACAAUAAUUACAUCAUUUAUUCCUCGGUUUGUUCCUUCUUCAUUCCCUGCCCCAUCAUGCUGCUCCUGUACUGCCUGAUGUUCCGGGGUUUAAAGCAGUGGGAGGAUUCACGCGAAACCAAGCUGAAGAACAGCAUGCAAGCCUCCAUGAAGUUUCAAAGCGGACACUUCCUGCCUCAAUGCUCCCCUCCCGUUAUUGAGAGGGAUCCAGCUGAUAUCAAACUAAAGGAACUCAAUCGCUAUUCGCAUCCAGACUGCACUUUUCCUAAGGAGUAUAAGGAUGGCCACACACAGACAAUAGCAUUACCAAAGCUGAAGUGUGUCCAGGCACCCUCUACGAAGAAGCGAGCCAAAAUCAAUGGGCGGGAGAGGAAGGCAAUGAAGGUGCUCCCGGUUGUUGUCGGUGUGUUUCUUUUCUGCUGGACUCCGUUUUUUGUGGUGCACAUCACAAGAGCACUGUGCGAGUCCUGUGACAUCUCCCCAGAGCUAAUGAGCAUCGUGACCUGGCUGGGGUACGUGAACAGUGCGUUGAACCCCAUCAUCUACACCGUCUUCAACACCGAAUUUAGGAAUUUUUUCCGUAAAUUUUUGCGCAGUUGCUGUUAAAAAAGAAUCUGAUAUAUACUGUAAGAAAGAGCACAAUGAAACUGCUUUGUAUAUUAAAAUUAAUUUAUUGUCA